AUCGCUGGCGCCCGCGUCCACAGUAGUUACUCGUCCCACCAGGAUCCAUCGAUCGCGAACCGCCGGUGAUGCAUUCCACAUCCAGAGUGACGUAGUUCGAUCCGUACGCCGCGGAACGACUCGCUAGAUAAGUGUGUCUGGUCAGUGAUAUCGUGCGUCGCUUGUCCCGAAUCGGCCGUUGGGAUCGUCGUGUGCGAGGGUCGAUCGGUGGCGGGUCACCGCGAUGUAAAUCGCGUCCACGUACGCGUCCCUCCUCCUCUGUUCCCGGGAAAACGGUGGUGGUCAACAGCAGCAGGUGGUCAAUUGAUGUAUUCGUCUCACCGCUACGAGGAUGAUGAUGAUGGACAUGGGCAUGUACGGAACCUACGGCAAGCCUGACUCAUACCCGAACUACAUGUGCACGGGCCAAGGGAAUCAUCAUCAUCAUCAUCAUCAGCCCGUAUCCGUCGGUGGGCACGUGCCGGUCCCGGCCUCGCCGGAACUCGCACCGGCUCAUUAUUUCCCUCAGACCGCCGUGUCGCCUUACUCGUCCUCCUCCUCGGAGAGCUUCCUAGCCGCGGAGUCCGCCGCGUCCUCCGGCACGCCGCCCCAAGGAUUCUACUCACCGACGGCCGGCGUCUUGCACGAGGACGGUUCCACCACCGCGAUCAUCUCCUCGGAGAACGGUCUGAGCUACACGAACCUGGACUACGCGUCCUCCUCGUCCUCCUCUUACUCCGGUCAGCCGCAACAGCAACAACACGCGAACGGAUCCCACGGCUCGAUCGAUCCUCACCAGAGUUACCAUGUCCAGCAGUCGACGUACAGGGACGAUCAUCACCACCAUCCGAUGGUACCCGGCGGACACUCGAGAACGGAUCACGAGCAGCAGUUGCAUCAUCAGUCUUCUAGUCAUCACCUCCACCAUCACCACCAUCACCACGAGCCCGACUAUCAGAUCCCGGUCGCCGGAACCACCAACUAUCUCCACCAGCUACCAUCCGCGGAAGAUUCCUCCCUCCACUAUCACUCUCAGAUCCGACAGAACGACUAUUCGACCCACGCCACUGGUCACUAUAAAGAGGAGAACGCCGAUCCGUCGGCCUACCACGUGCUACAACAACCCGGACACCCCCAGCAUCCCCAUCAGCACGGCCACGGGCACCACCAUCAACAGCAUCCCCACGGCCAUCAUCCUCCCCAGCAGCAGCAACAGCAACAGCUACACGUACCCACUUACAAGUGGAUGCAGGUGAAGAGGAACGUGCCGAAGCCCGUCGCAGGAAAGACGAAUCCAAAUGUGGGCGAGUUCGGUGGUAGCACGAUCAGGGGUACGACCGUAUCCACGUACUCCAACACCACGAACGGUCCCGUGAGCUGCCUUACCGGCGGUCCGUUGGUCGGCAUUGCAGGUGGAUUCAACAAUACCGGCCGUACCAACUUCACGAACAAGCAGCUUACGGAACUCGAGAAGGAGUUUCACUUCAACAAGUACCUGACCAGGGCAAGGCGUAUCGAAAUAGCGUCGGCGCUGCAACUGAACGAAACGCAAGUGAAAAUUUGGUUCCAGAACAGAAGGAUGAAGCAGAAAAAAAGAAUGAAGGAGGGUCUGAUACCUGCUGAGAACGCAACCAUAGCGCCGCUCGGCGGUGCCAGGAGUAGCAGUAAUUCGCCGACUAGUUCUUCUAGCCACGAAGCCGGCGGUCUUGGUUUAUCGAAUUUUACCAGCGACAAUAGUCGGGAAUCCCCGCCCUCCUCCACGAAAGAUUGACGCGUUCUUUGCUGCAGCAAUGAACGAAUUUAUGGUCUACGACUUAGCGACGAUUGGUGAAAGUCGAAAGAGAAUUAACUUAUUUCAAAUUUCCCGCAAGUCGAAUGGUAAUUCGAGUCGGUACACCUGCUGCAGCAACGAUCGAUAAUCGCUACCCCGGACGGACGAUCAAUUAUAACAAAAUUAAAAGGCUACACGUGAAUCGUUCUUGUAAUAAUGUAACACACCGUUUCCCGAUGAUCUUGCAAAUCAACUAUUAAAAUUAAUCGAACAUAGAAUAGAGAUUCAACGACAUAUAUAACAACUGUACGAGCUAUUUAUUUUGUUUCUAAUUUGUGUAUGCCGCGACGGCAAUAUUAAUAGAAUCGAUCUGCGAGAUUGAUCGUUGAAAUCAUCCCGCAAGGUUACCAUAUACCUCAGUUUGUGUAAAUGGUAUAACAAUAUUUAUAUAUGUAAUUAUAAAUACCAAUGAUUAAAUACAGUAUAU